CCGCUCUUGCCUGCCUGCUUGCCAAAAAGGGCCCGAGAGAGAACUCCUCCAAGAGAGCAGAGGCAGAGAGAGGUGCGCGACGUGAGAGAUGAAGUUCCCUGUAUGAUAGUGAAAAUUGUCAAGUAAAAUAGAAAAAGAAAGUAGAGAAAAUAAGAAAAAAAAUCUGUAAGUGUCGCGUGGUUUGUUCACGUUCGGCGGUUUUUCGCGGCGUUGACAAAUGUCCGACGAGGUACCAAGGAUGUCGAGCACCCUCGAGAACAAGAUACUAGAUCUUCAGGAACGCCUGAGGGCGGAGAAAGAAUCCCGUGACAGAGAUCGACAGAGUAAUGAUAUCGUGCCAGGAAGUGCUACUCUCCAACCGUCAUCCUCGGCACCGACCUCGAGUCCCGUUGCUCGAAGACCUCGACAACUGGGUGACAUGGGAACUCCGACAAGGCCGAAGCGGCAGUUGGAUUUGCCGGUACUUCAGAUGAUGCCCCCAAAGGCUCAUAAUGGUGAAUUUGAGUCAAAGCUACAGGAGAUCAUGAAGCAAAAUGGGAUAUUGAAUAUUGAUGGCCAAAAGUAUCAUACGGACAUGAAAGACUUGGAACAUCUUGGCGAAUUAGGCAAUGGAACUUGUGGGCAUGUGGUGAAGAUGAGACAUAAGCCCAGCGGAGUGGUCAUAGCUGUUAAACAAAUGAGAAGAUCGGGUAAUGCAGAGGAAAACAAAAGGAUAAUUAUGGACUUGGACGUUGUCCUGAAAUCUCACGACUGUCCUUACAUAGUACAGUGCUUGGGUUGUUUCAUAACUGAAUCCGAUGUAUGGAUUUGUAUGGAACUCAUGGCUACGUGCCUUGACAAACUGCUGAAAAAGUGCCGUCAGGCCAUUCCUGAGGAAUUUUUAGGCAAAGUUACUGUAGCAACCGUGAAAGCGUUGUCGUACCUGAAAGAGAAGCACGGGGUUAUACAUAGAGACGUUAAACCUAGCAAUAUACUUUUGGAUGAGAUGGGAGGUGUUAAGUUAUGCGACUUUGGUAUAUCAGGACGCUUGGUUGACAGUAAAGCGAAAACACGAAGCGCCGGUUGUGCAGCAUACAUGGCGCCCGAAAGGAUAGAUCCACCUGAUCCGACAAAACCAGACUACGAUAUAAGAGCAGACGUGUGGAGUUUGGGUAUCACUCUGGUUGAAUUAGCAACCGGUGUUUUUCCCUAUCGAGACUGCAAGACUGAUUUUGAAGUCCUGAGUAGGGUAGUACAAGACGAUCCUCCUGCUUUGCCCCAGGAUGCAACAUUCUCGAAAGAAUUUCGAGGUUUUGUAACGUGUUGUUUGACGAAAAAUUAUAAACAUCGGCCUAAGUAUCACAAGCUAAUGGAACAUUCGUUUAUACGAAAAUACGAUUCGCCUCAGGACGAGACUGCUCCAGAUUCCUCAUCUCUGCCGACUUCCAGUUGUCAAUGGUUCGGUAGAGUAAUGCAGCAACUUGAGCCGAGUUUCAGGUUGUCGGGUGGGCAACAACACCAGCAAAAUACCCAACACCAACAACAACAGCAGCAGCAGCAACAAAAUCAGCCUCGAGGUCACGUGUCAUUAAAGCAAACGGCACAUUUGAGAUCUCAUUCGGAAGUACCGGCUUUUAUGAAGAGCAACGCGACCAAAGAACAACAAUCCAAUACAUCGAUGAAUUUUCUCCCUUUUCAUCAACGCUCAAGCAGCGAGAACGGCGCUAAUUAUCUGCCGUAUAGUCCUUACGCGAUAAAGCGAAAGGAUGUCGUUAUAUCGAGGCCUUUCUCGCCGCCGGUAAAUCCCGUCGAAACGGAACCGGCUACGUGCCUUCAAUCGAGGCCUUUUUCACCCUGGAGACAACAGCAGCAGCACCAACAACAACAACAACAACAACAACACCAGCAGCAGCAGAAAUCACAAGCUGAGCAAAUGAGCAGGGAAUACGCUUCGAAAAGAUGCUCUUCUAAUGGACAAGCUUAUGUCGACGGACGUUCCUAUUCGCCUUAUCGACACGAAAACACCAACUCCGGGGAUACGAACGAAGUCAGAUCGUAUUCACCUUAUCACGGACGUUUCGAAGAACGACGCGACAACAGCGGUGAUAGAUGGCAAAAUGUUUCACGCUCUUUGAGCCCUUUCGCCAGAGAUUAUUCUCCUUGGCGGAGAGAAAACGUUGAUCCGCCUGGCGUCGUUCAACCGGUCGUAGAAAGCGGAAGAUAUUCACCGUUUGUACAAUACAGGCUUGGACAACUUCCUCCCGCACCGCAGACGCAUCCACCAUCUCAGGAUAUUUAUGGCAGUCCAAUGAUCAGCAGGAAAAGAUUUCCAUCGGAACCUCCGCCUCAUGGUACACACGGUUCGACCAGUCCCCAAUUGCUCAUAUCUCGGUUCGCUCAUCAACUCAAACAAGAUCCCCCGAUAACGUCGGCUCAAAAUUCGACUACUGGAAACUCAAAGGAAUCGGCAAAAAAACGUUUUGCGUCCUACGUUAGACUCAGACUCGGUGGCGAAAGAGCACCGUCGCCGGAACCACCACCGCGAAUGAAUCGUGGUGAAUCUCCCCUCGCCGGUCGGAGAAACAUAGUCGAUCAACCUUCGCCGUCGUUUCCACGAAGAUACGUUUCGCCCUCGCCACCUCAACCGCCACCGCGCAGAUUAUCGGAGAGUAAUUCAGUGCCGGGCAGUCCACAGUACGUGCGAGCGCGUUUGCGUUACACUCCGGAGCCCCAGAGGAGGCCGCCGCCCCCAUAACGCAUGGCCAAGGAUUUGGCCGAUGAAAACGAUCCGUAUAAAUGUGACAUAAAGUGGGUGCCAUACGAAGUGACGAGAUUAGCGAAGGAGAUGCCGAGUAGUGAUCGUUCGAAGGACAAAUAUUCACACGCGGAUAUCCCGUUUGGAGAAUACUUGAUGAAAAUGAAAACCGUCUCGAGGGUAGCAUCGAUCACGAAUAGUUCAAAACCAAAAAGCCGUAAUAAUACUCUAAUUCCGAAAAGUCAGUUGUUCGUGACGAACCCGAUAUGCGCGAGCUUUGGAGGUUUGCGCAGCGUAAAAAAGCUUUUGCACGUCUGAAAGGAGAAAAAGAAGAUGACGAAAAAAACAAAAAACCAAAGUGAUAUGCCGUGAGAUAAAUUAUGCGAGGGCAAUGAUAAAAAUGAAACAAAAAUAACAAGAAAAAAACUUUGACGACACGGCUUUCGCGACCUAAAUCUCUCGUUCCUCACGCCUGCGAUCGGCGCAAGAAUCGAAUUAGUUACACAAUCUUCGUCGUGACGAGUCUCUAUUAUUAUCGUCUAAUUUAUUAUAGAAAUGACAACAAAACAAAGUGUAUGGAAAAACGAACGAAAAAUAAGGAAAAACUCGCAAUACGAUGCUCAAGUUUUUUAUAUAUCGCUUGUAAAGAAUAUUUCGAGGAAGACGCAUCUAUAUACAUUUAGUGUUCCAUGUCUACUCAGUCUACGUCGGAGUCUUUUACUCAGGGAUCGAAAAAUUUCAUUUGGCUUUACUCGUCAUUGUUUUCAACCCUGAAAGCAUUCGAUUUUCAUUCCUUUUCAAACCAGAUCGAAAAUCCGCGUUCGUUCGUUUGCGAUCUUGGUAAUGCAAAUAUUGGAAUCAGUUAUUUAACUUCAAAUAUUCGAAAAUGCAACACUUUAAUUUCGCGAAAAUCUUUCGUUUUCAAAUGAUUUAAAUAUGUUUUAUUUUGACGAAUUCAUUUCGAACGAUUCGAAUCUACGUUUACUCUAAAAUGAUGUUUAAUAUGCCCGGCGAUAUUUCUCUGACCGACAUCUAUAACGAAUGGAAUCCUGAAUAAUUCAAUGUACAUUGGAGUUUUAUACUUCGAGUGAUAUGUUUUAAAUCCGAAAUAAAAUAGCGGAUAAAGUCCGAGAGGAUUAGAGGCGAAGAGAGUGUGCCUGAGUGUGUAAACGCGGUGUACUUUGUACGUAUUAAAAGUGAGGAGAAGCGAUGUUGGAUAACAGAGCAGUACGUUUUUUCUAAAUGGCGUGUUGUGACGAGAGUACGUUUUCAGGUUUGAAAGUGCUUAACGUUUGUACUCUAUAAAUUGUGCGUUGGAAAUCGAGGAAGAAGAGGAAGAAUAAGAGAAAGAAAGAAAAACAAUAUAAAAAUAGGAAUAGAGAUAGAAAUAGAACUGGAAACGAGAAUAAGAAGGACAGAGUGAGAGAGGAAAAUGAUCGUAAUAAGAAAACCAAAUUCACGAGGAGCGUCGAUCGUGUAAGCACUUAGCGCCGAGAAUGCACAAGCGUCGCGUUGGAGCGCGAAGAAUAAAACUCGUAGACGCUAAAUAUAUCCUCGAUUGUACAAUAUUAUUUCAAUGAGAAAAAAGAGAAAGAGAGAGAGAGAGAAAAAUGUGCAUCGUGGAGCUGUAAAACCGUGGUAAUUAUUUUAUAUGUAUAUACACAUAUAUGUAUGGAGAUAUGUGUGUGUAUGUAUAUGUACAAUCAAUCAUUCACGAAUUAAUUUCGAGUCUACAAAAAGCCACUCUCUCGUAAUCACCUUUUUGUCGCUUAUUUGACAAGAGGAUCUGUUGCAAUGUAAAUAAACUUAUAUUUAUACGA